AUGGAAGUUGACUUUCGUACGGUCGCUGCGGGUGACUGUCUUUUCCAAGUAAUUCUCAAUCUUCAGAUGCUACAUAUUAUUUUCACAGCGGUCGCAUGCGUUUUAUUCAUGGUUUAUCUUGCCUUAGAUACCCAGAUGAUAAUUGGUGGACGAAAAUACGAAAUUUCUCCGGAAGAAUACAUAUUCGCAGCUCUGAUGCUUUUCGUGGACAUCUAUGAGAUAUUUAUCACGCUGCUGGGUCUGUUUCAGGCAGCAGAAUAA